AUGCGCAGCCGGGGGCUGCGCCAGCGGGGGGAGCUGCGGAGCCGCUGCGGUCCCGUCUCCCGGCCGCCUCCGGUCCGCCCCCGGCCCGCCCCACGGCGCGGCGGCGGGUACCGCUCCGGUACCGCUCGGGUACGCCGGUGGCCUCGGAGACAGAGCACGAUGCGAUCGGGCGGGGAGGCGGCGGCGGAGGAGGAGGCGGCCGAAGGGGCCAAACGAAGCGGAGGGGCGGCCGCGGGAAGAGCGCGGAGCCGCGGUGGGAAGGGAUCCCCGAACGGAGAGUGCCGCCGUGGGGAAACGCCGCGCAGCCCCAGCGCGGAGCAGCCCCGAGAGCCCAAGGUCUCUUUCUCCUGCGGCGGCGGCGGCGGCGUCGGCGGCGGUGCAUCCCCAGGCGGGGCCAAAGCGGCCGAGGAAGGCGACGAUGCGGGCGAGGAGACCCGCGGGAGCCAGGCCAGCUUCAUGCAGAGGCAGUUCGGUGCCAUGCUCCAGCCCGGCGUCAACAAGUUCUCGCUGCGGAUGUUCGGUUCGCAGAAGGCGGUGGAACGGGAGCAGGAACGCGUCAAGUCAGCGGGGGCCUGGAUCAUCCAUCCCUACAGCGAUUUCAGGUUUUACUGGGACUUCACGAUGCUGCUCUUCAUGGUGGGCAACCUGAUCAUCAUUCCUGUGGGCAUCACCUUCUUCAAGGAGGAAACCACAGCCCCCUGGAUCGUGUUCAACGUGGUCUCCGACACCUUCUUCCUGAUGGACCUGGUGCUGAACUUCCGCACAGGGAUCGUCAUCGAGGACAACACGGAGAUCAUCCUGGACCCUGAAAGGAUCAAGAAGAAGUACCUCAAGACGUGGUUUGUGGUGGACUUUGUCUCCUCCAUCCCUGUGGACUACGUCUUCCUCAUUGUGGAAAAGGGCAUCGACUCGGAGGUCUAUAAGACAGCCCGCGCUCUUCGCAUCGUCCGCUUCACCAAGAUCCUCAGCCUGCUGCGCCUGCUGCGCCUCUCCCGCCUCAUCCGUUACAUCCAUCAGUGGGAGGAGAUCUUCCACAUGACCUACGACCUGGCCAGUGCUGUGAUGAGGAUCAUUAACCUCAUUGGUAUGAUGCUGCUGCUGUGCCACUGGGACGGCUGCCUCCAGUUCCUCGUGCCCAUGCUGCAGGAUUUCCCCCAGAACUGCUGGGUCUCCAUCAACGGGAUGGUGAACGACUCCUGGAGUGAGCUGUACUCCUUCGCCCUCUUCAAGUCCAUGAGCCACAUGCUGUGCAUCGGCUACGGCAAGCAGGCACCCGAGAGCAUGACGGACAUCUGGCUGACGAUGCUGAGCAUGAUCGUGGGAGCCACCUGCUAUGCCAUGUUCAUCGGCCACGCCACCGCCCUCAUCCAGUCGUUGGACUCCUCCCGACGCCAAUACCAGGAGAAGUACAAGCAGGUGGAGCAGUACAUGUCCUUCCACAAGCUGCCCGCUGAUUUCCGACAGAAGAUCCACGAUUACUACGAGCACCGCUACCAGGGCAAGAUGUUUGAUGAGGACAGCAUCCUGGGGGAGCUCAAUGAGCCCCUGCGUGAGGAAAUCGUGAACUUCAACUGCCGCAAACUGGUGGCCUCCAUGCCGCUGUUUGCCAACGCAGAUCCCAACUUUGUGACGGCGAUGCUCACCAAGCUGAAGUUUGAGGUGUUCCAACCAGGAGAUUACAUCAUCCGCGAGGGAACCAUUGGCAAGAAGAUGUACUUCAUCCAGCACGGCGUGGUCAGCAUCCUCACCAAGGGCAACAAGGAGAUGAAGCUCUCUGAUGGCUCCUACUUUGGGGAAAUCUGCCUGCUGACCCGUGGUCGACGCACAGCCAGCGUCCGGGCGGACACCUACUGCCGCCUCUACUCACUAUCAGUGGACAACUUCAAUGAGGUGCUGGAGGAAUACCCCAUGAUGCGGAGAGCCUUCGAGACCGUGGCCAUCGACCGCCUCGAUCGCAUCGGGAAAAAGAACUCGAUCCUUCUUCACAAAGUGCAACACGACCUCAACUCGGGCGUCUUCAACAACCAGGAGAACGAAAUCAUCCAGGAGAUUGUCAAGUAUGACCGAGAGAUGGUGCAGCAGGCGGAGCUGCAGCAGCACACGGCCAUGUACAGCCCGGUGCAGCCCCAGGUCACCUCCGCCAUUGCCACCCUGCAGCAAGCCGUCGCCAUGAGCUUCUGCCCACAGAUGGCCAGCCCUCUGGUGGGCUCCAUGGCGCUGGGCUCGCCCCGCAUGAUGCGUCGCUUGCAAUAUGCCCAGGCCGUCCCCAGCCCCUUCGCCGUCUCCCCGGUGCUGCUGCAGCAGAGCCCCCCCCAGCAGCAGCCGCAGCCCCCCGUGCCCCACGCCAACCCGUCGCCCUCGCAGGACCAGGCACAGCCCGCCUCCGCCAGCGCCUUCGCAGUCGCCAGCCCGCCAUCCCAAAGCCCCUUGGCCAGCCGGACGUUUGCCUACGGAGGGGCCAAAGGGCAGCUGGGCUCCCAGCUCUCGCUGAGCCAGCAGCAGACGCCCAGUUCGCCCCCACGGUUGGCAGUUCACAAAAGCACACAGGCGCUGCCCACCAGCAGCUUCAGCCAGGAUUCACGGCCUCUAUCGGCUUCACAGCCCUCCCUGCCCCACGGGCUGGCGGCUGGCGGCACCCAGAGCCCCCCGGCUUCAGUGCACGAAUCCUCUGCUUCCAUCGGUGGAGGCCCAGCUGCCACCGCCGUCUCGCCGGGCUCGGGUCCCCCAGCCGGGCUGCGGGGUGCGGUGUCCUCCAGGGGGCCCCUGUCUCACCCUGCACCCACUCUGCAGCAGGACUCGGCGGCAGCCCGCAAGGAUUCGGUGGGCAGCAUGCCUGACACGGACCCAGCCAAAUCCAGGCUGUCUUCCAACUUGUGACCUCCACAGGCGUGGGGACAGGGGUGCUGAGGUGCCAGGGCAGCCAGCCUCCAUCCCCUCUGCUCCACCCCCACCGAGGAGCCCGUGCCCCUCGGCCACCUCCACCCCUGCUCCCUGGCUUCAUCCCACUGCCAGGGACCCAUGGGUGGGCACAAGGGGGGGCCGUUUGCCUCCGACCAAAGUUUGGCCCCAUCUUCUGCUCCUUGCGAGGAAAUCCCACUGCCCCAUAGAAGCCACAGAUGCAUCAUCCCCAGUGAUCAAUGCUGUAUAUGAUAUAUAUGACCUGAAUACAAAUCUAUAUGUGUGCAUCCGCAGGACACCUCCCUGGGGUCUUAGGCAUGUGGGCCAGCACUGGCACGUGCCACUGCCUCCCCUCCCACAGCCCCAUGGCGAGGGGUGACAGCCAAGGAGUGGAGGUAAGUGAUGGGGUCUGAGGUACAGCAAGCCCCCGCAGACUCAGCAGCCCCCAUGCCAGCCAGACUUUGAGGCUGGGGUGACCUCAGCCAGGCAGCCCUGCUGCUGGAGCCCAGGGAGCUGAGCACCAGGGCUGCCACUGCAUGGAGCAGCACUGGGCUCUGCUGGCUUGCAGGCUGGGGAAGGCACGGACUGUGUGUGAAAUAAGUGUGCCUGUGUGUGUGUAUACACAGAUGGAUGGAAGUGUGCAUGGGUGUAUGCAUGCACGUAUGCCCCUGCCUGGCACACUGGAGCCUUCCACGUUGAAUGUAUGCAGCAACCCAUGAGCAAGGAGCCCCAUGCCCACCUGCCUUCCUGCAGCUGCAGGGCCAGGGGUCCAGGGCCACACUCCAAGCGUCACCUUUCCAUCCAGCCCAUCCUGUGCAAUAAAUGUCAGCAACUGACAGAGCUA